AUGAAAUUCUCUAUAUAAAUCGAGCUUCGUAGCUCUUUUAACAAGGUAAGCAAAUUUAAUAUCAAUUACUUUUACCACUAUUACUUUAUUUAAAGUAACUAAAGGUAAAUAUUCACUAGUAAUAAAGGCUGAUUAGAAUUUGGGAAGAUAAUAUCCUUUUAGAAUUAAUCCUGUAUAAAGAGAUUUCAUAGAACCCACUAAUUAGUUCGCUUAUUCAAUUGUAAAUAUCUAAAAUAAUAAUUAAGAAAUAACAUAAUAAAGUAAUAAUUUUUCAUAUUCUAAUGGAGAAAAAUACACUAAGGUAUAUGAAUAAAUCAUAAUAUUAACAAUAAUUUGGGAAUUUUUUGGACCAAAUAAUGAACCAACUACAGCUUAUUGUGGAUUUUAUAAUUAUUAUGUAGCUGUUCAUAAAUGUUAACCUAAUUGUUUGUAAUGCUUAAAUGAAACCACAUGUACUUAAUGGAGUAGCAAUUAUGAUGCAAAUUUUAUUAAAUUUUCAUAAGAAGAGUGUUUAAUUAACUAAUAUUAUGAUAAUGAUUCUUAUAGAUGUUUGGAUUGCCCAUUAUCUUGUUUAACUUGUGCAUCUAAAAUAGAUUGUAAAACAUGCUAAUCUACUUAAACUAAACCUAAUUUAGGAUGACAAACUUAAUCAAGAUGAAGAUUCAUAUCAAUGUUUUGAUUGCCCAAUUGAAUGUAAUUAAUUUUUAAGUUCAAGCAGUUGUGUAAAAUGUUUAGUGACUAAUAAUAUAAAAUUAAAAAAUCAAUAAUUUAUUUUUAUUGAUGGAUAUUAUCCAAUUUCAGGUACCUCAAAAAUUUGA